UGCUACGUGGAUGGGGAAGUUGUGCUCGAGCAGCCAGAGAGGUACUAAACAAAACAAUGCUGCGAAAUCCAACAUAUAGGCCGUAAACAAAGACAAAAUGUAGCUCAUCCCGUUGUUUGUUUAUCAGUGUCGUUGUUUCUCAUUUUAAUGCGGGAUUAUGUCGACUGUCAGCGAGUUGUCAGUGGAUUUGCCAGAAGAAUUAGCUGCUAAGCUAAUGUGGACAGCGGCCUAAGAGAGACCUGCUCGAGCUGUGUGUGCGAAAAAACUACUUAUAUUGCAAGGAUUUUAAUGAUGUUUUGUUUUAUGUAGUCGUCUUGCAUAUAACCAGAGGAAAGUAUAGCAACAUGAGUUGGUUCAACACGUCACAUCUGUCUACUUUUGCUAAACAAGCUCUGACAACUGCUCAGAAAUCAAUCGAUAGGGUUCUGGACAUCAAAGAAGAGGACCAGUGGGGUGAAACCAGAAACCAGGCUUGUACCGAUGCACCCAACAAGCCGGUAUCAACUGGAUGGAAUACAAACCAGUGGGAUACUCCAACAGAAGAGCAUACUAUGACUCUCUCCCCAUCAUCAGAGGCCAUCACUACACCUGUCACACGGACUGUGCUUGAUGAAUCUGAGGAUUUCUUCAGUGCCUUUUUGCCUCAUGGGGAAUCACAAACUGUAAGCAGCACUAAAGUAGUGUCUGUACCACCUGCCAAGUCUAACCGGAGACUACGGGAAAAAACUGCAAGCAAAGAUGAAGAACUGGACAUCAAAAUCAAUCUAAGCUCUCAUUUUGAAGAUCAGGUGGUCCUCAAUAGAUGCAUCAGUCAAGAAACCAUUGAGACAAAACAAACAGAGCCUUUGGAGCAAAAUACAUUCUUGGCAAACAUGCUUUCGCAACCAGAACUGGUUGUUCCUGCUUCAGUCAUUGCACAGGAGCAACCUUUGGAAAAGGAGACCAUUGUGGAGCUUACAGAAUCUGAUGGCUUGACUUUAACUGCAGAUGUCACUCUCACUGAUGUACCUUUGUCCUCCUCGGAGACCGAAUCUGCCAGUGCUUUUGACAACAACUCAGGAUCAUCUUUGACCAAUGAGACCAAAAAUCAAGUUAAAAGCUUACCUAUCCCGACUAAAGAAAAUCUGUUAGAAUCUAAAGACACUAAAUCAGAGGACAGACAAAGUAACACACCAUCACCCCCUGUAAGUGCCUUUUCCUCUGGGACUUCCACGACCAGCGACAUAGAAGUUUUGGACCAUGAGAGCGUGCUCAGUGAGAGCUCGGCCAGCUCCAGACAGGAGACGGCUGAGGCAAAAGCAGGGCUUCAUCUGAUGCAGGGCUCCUUCCAGCUCCUCUCUGCCUCAACGUGCAGUGAUUUCCCUCGUUUGGAUGAAUACCCAAAGCUCACGGAAAGCUGCGGGUCUUCCUCGGAUGCUUUUGAGCGCAUCGACUCAUUUAGUGUGCAGUCGCUGGACAGCCGCAGCGUUAGUGAAGUGAAUUCUGAUGAUGAGAUACCUGGCAACCGCACUUUAGCCUCCAUCACAGCUGGAAGCAUUCAUGUUCAGUCAGCCCCGCAAACCAAACAGGGGGAGGAAGAGGGUAUGACGGAGUCUGUAAUUGACCAAUCUCUGGAUGACAAUGAGAUGGAGGAGAGCGGGCGCAGCGCGACCCCGGUGAACUGUGAGCAGACAGAUGACCUACAGGAAGGUGACCAGGAGUCUGAGAGUGACGUCCCUCUCCCCAGCCAAAAAACAACAGAUGCCGACGAAACUGUGACAUCAUCACCAACCAUUGAAGAGAAACAAGGAGCUUCUGCCUUUCAAACUUCGGAGCUCCAAAAGAUUGUCGAGGAGCUCUCAAGUCGACUAGAGAAGAGAGAAUCGCAGUUACUUGCAGUCAGUAAAGACAAGGCCAGACUUGAGGAGGAGUGUGACAAUCUUAAAGAUGAGAUGAUUACCUUAAAGGAAGAAAGCUCCUCUGUUCAAUCUUUAAAAGACGAGUUUACUCAGCGCCUAGCAGAAACUGAGAGAAAAGCUCAACUCGCUUGCAAGGAAAGAGACAUUGCCAAAAAGGAAAUUAAGGGACUCCGAGAAGAACUGGCAAGCAGGUUAAACUCAAGUGAGACUUUGGAAAUAAUAAAAGAGAAGGAGGAGCAGAUUCGAGAUCUUCUUGAAGAAGGUGAGAAACUGUCCAAACAACAAUUGCAGCACUCCAACAUCAUAAAGAAAUUGCGCGUGAAAGAGAAGGAAAGUGAUGCACAGAUCACCAAACAGAGCAAAAAACUUAAGGAACAGGAAGAGGAGCUGAAACACUUGCAGCAGGUUCUUGAUGGUAAGGAGGAAGUAGAAAAGCAGCACAGGGAAAACAUCAAGAAGCUGAAUGCCGUGGUCGAGCGUCAGGAAAAGGAAUUAAGCAUAUUGCAAACCAGCAACGAAGAGCUUCAGGAGAAGAACCGUAGUUUAGAAGCUGCCCUGGACAGUUCCUACAAGGAGUUGGCAGAGUUACACAAAGCCAAUGCCACCAAAGACAGCGAAGCUCAGGAGCUGGCGUUGAGCAAAGAGGUGCAGGCUAGAGAAGAGCUGAGUCUGGCAAUGGAAAAAGCCCAGGAAGAGUCCCGCCUCCAACAAGAAGCUCUGGCCAAUCAGGUGGCAGAUCUGAGGUUAGCUCUGCAGAGGGCUGAACAACAGCAGGCCAAGAAAGAAGAUUACCUGAGAGAGGAGAUCAGUGAGCUGCAGCAGAGGUUGCAAGAAGCAGAGACUAGGAACCAGGAGCUCAGUCAAAGUGUUACUUCAGCAACGCGGCCCCUCCUUCGGCAGAUCGAGAACCUCCAGGCCACACUGGUGGCGCAGACAACAUCAUGGGAAAAACUGGAGAAGAACAUUUCUGACCGCUUAGCUGAGGCUCAAGCCCAGCUUGCUGUUUCUGUGGAGAGAGAGCGCUCGGCUACAGAGGAGCUUCUAGCCAUCAGAGCACAGAUCGCUGCUUUAGAAUCCCAGACGUCUUUAUUGAGGCAGGAGAAGGGACGCCUGCAGGGUCAGCUUGAUGCCGAGAGGAUGCGGCGGGAAAAACUUGAGGAUGACUUUAGUAGGGAGCGUGUGGAGUUCGAUAAUCUUAAAGGGGAACAUGUUCGAAUACUGGAGGAGGCAAAGAAAGAGAAGUUGCUACUAACCAACCAGCUGGAGAUGGAAAAAAUGAAGGUGGAACAAGAGAAGAAAAAAUGCUACCUUGCACAAGAGGCACUUAAAGAAAAGGAGAGGAAAUCUCUGAGUCUGUCUGUGAGUGAAGCUCCAGCGUCCUCUACUCCAUCACUGUCCCGCUCCAGUUCUGUCAGUGGAGCUGAACAUGCCGGCCUGGCCUCCUCCAUGUUCUCACAGCAGGAAGAUUCUCUGGACCAUUCUUUUACCACAAUGAACUUCAGUGGGACUAACCUGUAUGAGGCAGCUCGGCUGGGCGGUGGAUCCAGUGUAAUUGAAAGCCUUCAGUCUCAGUUAAAACUUAGAGAUGGCGAGAUAGCCCAGCUUCAGAUUGAGAUAGCCAGUUUAGAGAGAAGCCGAACUGUGAUGGCAGAGGAGCUGGUGCGAUUGACCAAUCAGAACGAUGAUUUGGAGAGUAAAGUGAAGGAGAUUCCCAAAAUGAAAGUUCAAAUGAAGGACUUGGAGCAGAGGUACAACACAAUCCUCCAGAUGUAUGGAGAGAAGGCAGAAGAAGCAGAGGAACUGCGUCUGGACCUGGAGGAUGUGAAGAACAUGUACAAAACACAAAUUGAUGAACUGUUAAAAAAUCAGAAAUAAUACAAAUGGACUCACAAGGAGUAAUUGUGCUUUUAUAAUUGCGCUUCUCUGAGCGUUAGUGAUAGAAGACCAAAUGAUUUAACGUUAUUUUUUCUGAGAAAAGAGUUGGUUCAACACGUUUGAAGAGUCAUUGGUAAAGGUAUUUAAAACAUGAUUCCUCUUACGGUUGUGGGUUUUAAUAUAAAUAGUUUUUCUCUUAACCAUAUUGGAUUUAAAAACGAGAUUAUGACUAUAUAUCUACAAGUGUACAGGUUUGGUGACUUAACAACACUUGAAUUUGCACAUUAAAGUGGGAGUCCAGACUAUUUAUAUGGUCUGAUUGUAAUCAGUAUCAUUAUCUGGGAUCAUGUGCUUGAUUUUCAUGUCAUCUUCAUCAUAUAGUUUGCACAUUUUACAGGUAAUGAGUUAAACAAAACAAGGAACUGUUUUCGACAUUUUGAUUUCCAUCAUCCUUCAAAUACUUAUCAACUUAUCGUGUAUCUUUCAUCCUCAUGUUGUUUGAGCUUGGCUGAGAAGGGUUUACAGGAAAAAGAUUGAAUCUCUACAAUUGUCAUAAUUUACAGUAACGAAGGUCUGGGCCUUUAAGUGUGUAUCUACAGCUUUAUGCACAUGUAAAUAAAGUAAAAAGAGAUAAAUAUUA